ACGUACUUUUCCCUUCCGUUCCUACUGAACUAACAAAAACUCAAUCUAACAUCUUCGAACUAAAACAAACACAAGUUCGCCAAAGAUUAAAACGUCAUGAAAAGUGAUUAUUUUAUAGUUGGUUGAAGGCGCAGAUGGCUGAGAACGUUGAUAAGUACUUAAGGCACCCCGUACUGACCAACGAGAAAAUUACCACACAACGAAUGAGUCCGACACACUGAUGAAUUCAUCCUAAGAUGAAUCUUUCUUUACCGUUGACAACGGUCGCAUUACUUUUCUUCCAAACUACUGAAUUUUAUUCAAAGGCAAAUGGAAAAAAGGGGGAAGAGAAUGGCUUGAGCGAAGUCCUUCAAGAUUCGGUGAGGGGUGAGUUACGGUUACGGAUAAGGCAAAGACAAAACGAAGAUAAACAUCAAGUCAAAGAUGUGCCAAAGGACAGCCUUACCGUGUCCAAUAUUCUCUUAGGGCUUCCCCGAAAACGUACGAACAAUGACAAGACGUUUCAAAAGCAUCUGAAAAAGAGGGUCUUAGAAUUUCCCAGAAAAAGUAUCAACGAGGACAAGCAAAGACAAGGAGUUGAGCAUCUGAAAAAUAAGAAAACGAUGGGGAAGCUGAGAGAUUUGCAUAGCCUUUCAAGCAAGAUAGACUCUAGGACAAGACUCAACCGAAAGCGGAGAGAUAUCAAUGAACCAGAGAUCCGGAAUUCGUCGGGCGGUGCAUCAGCCAGAAGAUCUCCAGGUCGCGUUUGGUCGGUCUGUAGCCGGGAGAGGUCCUGUCUGGGAAAGUGCAAAAAUCCACCCGCUUCUUCCGUCUCGCACCAGCUGUCUUGUUACUGCGACAUGGACUGUGUCAGGUAUAGCGACUGUUGUGCCGAUUACCACUUCUUCUGUCUCUCCAAUCUCACAGGAAACUUCUCUUUUUAUAACAUACAGCGAAAUUCAAAUAACGAUAGCAGCGUUAAUACUCAAGGAGCAGAGGUAGACGGGUUUAGAGGUACAAGCACUCACCCUCUGAAAUGUUUUAAGUGGCCAUCAGAUGAAGUAAAUAACGAAGGCGCUAUUGGUUUGUGGAUGAUUCACCAAUGUCCAGCGAGCUUUAGAGACAAUGAAAUAAAAGCAAUAUGCUCUCGACUGUCCGAUUUCGCUGUUGUAAAAUCACUUCAAACAUUGAUGGACUCGAGACCAGUGCAUUACAAUGGAGUCGUCUACAGGAAUCGAUUCUGUGCAGAAUGCCAUGGUUACCAUCAAAAUGUAGUUGAUCCGUUCAACUUCGCGCUCGACUGUGAUUCCAAGCCUCCUAACACGAUGACCAGUGAUGAGGUAAUACAGUUUAUGUUGUCAUAUUGUAAAAUAGACUGGAAAAUACCUGACAAGACAGAAAGACGAUACUGCUUUCAAACUAAGUCUACAUGCCAGUCUAAUGAUAGAGGGUGUGAUGCAACGAGGUGCGAAGGGGGUGUCCCUGGCAUUGUCCAUUGGAAUAAUGACAACUAUAUAGAUAUAUUCUGCGUUGGGCACAAAAUCAGGCCAUUCGUAAACUGCGGGCCGUUAUAUAAGAGAAUAAACAUAUAUAAUAAUCCAUUAAAACCUUUUUCUAUCAUCUUCAAUUUUCGUAAAAACGCCCAAGAGACUGAGAUACGGUACGAAGAGAAAUGUCUCGAAAGUGAAGUGCUCGACCCGUACAUGGACGUAUGUAGUGGGGAUUUCAGGCAUCAGCCCCCUGAAGAAUCGGCAUCGGAAUCGUACAGAAUUCUGCUAUGGCUACGACCUGCCCAUACCAAUGACCGUGACCAAUCAAGUGCUUCCUCAAAAUUCGAAAAAUCCCUUAUCGAGACAUUUGGCGAAGCAUGGAGUUUUACAAAUGUUGAAGAUUUGGAGCUUGUUGAAAAGCCGCGGCAAUAUAAAGGACAUUUUGGAGCUGUGUUGGUCGAUGACAAGAGGAGAGGAGGUGGAGCAGGAUAUAUCAGCCUUGAUCGGGUCUUGAACUUCACAUCCGAGUUCAACAUGACCAUUAAUGGUGCCGUAUAUGUGGUGUUUAAUGCACUGAAAAGAAUGACUAGCUGUCCAAACCUGCUGAAGUUCAACCAAAGUGAAUACAAGAUGCUCUCAAGCCCUAGAGGUGUCGUGUAUAUAAACACAACAGGUGAAGUUUUACACCCGAAGGACUACUACACUAACGCAACAGAUUGGAAGCCAACUACUGGAGCACCGGGGACGAUCUACGUGUGUCGUAGACGCCAAGUUUGGCAAACUAGAUUGGCAAAUUGCUCGGGUGUGUUUAUACCAAGAGAGGAGUUUAUGCAUCUUCCUAACCAAUCAAUCUACGUCAACGUCUCGAAAAAAACGUAUGAUCUACAGGAGUAUUUCAUAGAGAACGGAACCGCGUAUGUAUGCACGAAGGUGACCUCUUCAAGAGAAGUCGUAAAGAAGAACAGAGAAGGUACUCUAGAUGAUCCCGUUCUCGCUACACUGACAUUAGUGUGCAUGGUGUUAUCCAUAGUUGCACUCGUUUUCUUCCUUGUCACCUAUUUUCUAUUCAGAGAGCUCCGCACAACACCGGGUGUAAACCUGAUGAACCUGGCCCUUUCAAUUCUACUAGCACAGGUCACGUGGCUUGCAGGCAUCAAUCAAACAGACCAACCAAUUACAUGCACUGUCGUCGCUGCGUUGAUUCAGUUCUUCUACCUAGUGUCGUUCAUGUGGACUUCAAUCAUUGCGUUUGACACAUGGAGGGCUUUCUCGUCUAAGACUCACUUCAGGGGAUCCGAAUUGAAUGCUCGCCGACGGAAACGCAUUCUUCAACACAUUGCAGUCGGAUGGAUCCCAAUCACGCUCCACGUUGGUAUUUGUAUUUCUCUGGACCAAUCAGAGACUGUUCUCAUUGGCUACGGCUCAAGGAACGCCUGCUGGAUCUCGAAUGGAAUGGCAACCGUUUACACCUUUGCGAUUCCUAUUGCCAUUGCGCUCAUCUGGAACGCAACAUUUUAUGUCAUGACAGUGAAGGCUAUCAAGGAAAUUACUGGCCAAGCCCGAAUGGCAGCAGAGAAUUCCCAGGCUCGGCGUCAUUUUGCUAUUUACGUUCGCCUGGCAGCAGUGAUGGGCUUCACGUGGGUGUUUGGGUUCCUGGCCGAGCUCCUGUGGACGCCGCUGUGGUACGUGUUCAUCUCGCUGAACUGUUUGCAGGGUGCGUAUCUAGCAGGGUCGUUUGCACUCAGUGAACAGGCGAGGAAGCUGUACCGAGGACUUAUGGGGGGUAACAAUCUUGCAAGCAGUACUCAAGAUAGAUCUACAACGGUGCAAGGCAGCUUUACGCAGAGCGUUAGCAUGGAGUCCCGCAUAGACAAGGCUGGCAUUCAAGCAGACACUGCCAUAUAAGGAGAUGGCCUGUACAAAGAUCGUUUACAUGUUAUCCCAUACAGACGGACUGACACUGCCAUAUAACGUGCCGUUCAGUAUUACGUAUAAGUUUAGCGUAAAUUUCCGUUCAGACCAGACUGGUUCUCUAACAGACGCUGCUAAAUACAAGAAGUUGACCCAUAGAGUUGAUAUAUCAGAUUAAGAAAGAAUUUUUCUGUAUAAAAAUGUGUACAAAUAUUUUAAAUGCUCCGGGCUGUACAAAGACCUUUGACAUAUGUUAUUCCAUACAGACGGACUGACACUGCCAUAUAACGUGUCUUUCCGUAUUACGUAUAAAUUUAGCGUAAACUCCCGUUCAGACCAGACUGGCUCUCUACCAGACACUGCUACAUAUAAGAAGUUGACCCAUGGAGUUGAUAUAUCAGAUUAAGAAAUAAUUGUUUUUAUAAAAAUGUGUAAAAAUAUUUGAAAUGCUCUAAAACAAAUGCUCUACUCCAAAGAACACGCCCAUUGUAUAUUGAUUGUAUAUGGAUUAUGAGCAGUCUGAUCGGAAAGAUAUACUGUAGUGUAGAUGACUACAUAACGAUGGGUCUAGGAACAAAGGGUCAUUUGUUAUCGUUUAGAAUAUCAAUUGGUGUUUUAUUCGCGGCAGGAUUUUCAUCCAAAAUCUGUUUAGCUAGUAUCUUUCUAUAAGCAAAAUAUUUUCCUGACUAAUUCAACUGCCCCCUUCCCCUGUUAGAUGGCAAAUUGUUGGUCCCCUAAUGCUUGAGUAGGACACUUACUGAAACUCCGGCGGCAGUGUAAGAUGCUUCCUGACUCUCGUGUAAACCUUUAGGUAAACAUCUGCGAGAGCGGUCGGCCUGGGAAUAGAAUUAAAAACCUUUUAAGGUGUUUAAAAACACCCUUGAUGCGUCGACUUGCUUGAUGGUUUAUCCUGAAUCUUGUAAAAAAUAUUUGUAGAAAAUAUAAUUAUCUAUACAUUAUUUAAGUGUCUUAGCUAGUUUAAAACAUAGAAGGGGGUAUCUCGCAUAGAAAUUCAAAACCAAGCUCGGGUAUCACAUUCAACCUCGUUCUUCCCUGAACUAAAUAUAUUGAGCGUGAAGCAUACCACUGUUUAUUCCUCUGCGCUGCUAAGCUAAUUCCAUAACGCACCAUAAGGUUGAUCAUUCCACUGAAACAGGAGAAAGAAAAAAUAAUUACUUACCGUGAGAUUAACCCUAUCAGCUUUCUAGCGGUUGCAUAGACUGUAUACUGCAUAUUCAAAACAGAGUAAGAAAAAUCAAAUUAAAAAGUCACAAGCUUA